CCUCCCUGUGUGGAUGGCCGCGGCCUGAGUCGGAGCCCCAGCCACGCUGCCCAUUAUGCAGCAUUGUUACAGAGCAAAAGGCCAGAGGCAGAGAAGACUAAGAGGCACAGAAGCUCAGCCUUGGCAAAAGCAAGAGGCCUGAACAGCACUCUGCCUGACCAUGACAAUGGAGUCCAGCAGAUAGGAGGUGUGGGCAAUGCAUUCCUGAGCUUCCGGGGACCUCUUCAGAGUCAGCCCUCCCCCAACAUCUGGCACUUACAGAGGAGCCAGAUAUUAAAGACCACGAAAGAGGAAGUCUGUUCUCUCCACAGACAUACAAUGAUGUGGAGACAAAGUCUUUAGCCACAAGCGACCUGGAAUGCUGCUUUAACAGCUAAGGCCCCUCAGUCGGAUUUCAGCAAUCUGCAGGAGAUGGUAGAUCGUUGUGUGUUCCUUUACUGAAUGAUUUCUGAAGAAAAGCCAAGGGGAAAAAAAAGAGACAAUGUCCCUGACUGUUUGACCAGACCACAAGCUCAUCCUGAAGAUGUGUUCUACAAACCCAGGCAGCUGGGUCACCUUUGAUGAUGACCCUGAUUUUCAGUCUUCUCAGAAGCCUAAGGAUUUUCCUCUGGAGACCCAAGGUGUUUGUAGACCAAAUGGACUGAAGCUGAACCUGCCUGGCCUCCGGGACCUUCCUAGUGGCCCCUCCUCCACCAGCAGCACCCCCUUGUCUUCCCCCAUGGUCGACUUUUACUUCAGCCCUGGACCCCCAAGCAACUCUCCCCUUUCUACACCCACCAAAGACUUCCCAGGGUUCCCUGGCAUCCCGAAAGCAGGGACUCAUGUGCUUUAUCCCAUUCCAGAGUGUUCUUCAAGCAGUCCCCCCACAGCAGCGGGAGCACCGACCUGCCCGCCCCUCGCAUCGUCACCCAGCGACCACUCUUGCACUCAGCUGGCUUCCAAAGCUGCCCUUGCAGAUGGUGCCAGCCCUCAGCGGGUCCAAAGUGAACCUCUCCAGUUUGAGUACUUUCAGGAUGAUUGUGCUUUUUCCAACCCAUUUUGGAAAGAUGAAGGUAGCUCUUCUCAUUUCCCCUUUGACUCGCUGGCCAGCAGAAAGCCAUUCUCACCGAGGGACAAGGAGGUGCCCAUCGAUCAAAAAAGCCUAAACCAAUGCUCCCUCAGCUACAUCUGUGAGAAGCUCGAACACCUGCAGUCAGCGGAGACCCAAGACCCUGUUGGAAAUUUGUCUUUGCAGAGUUCAUAUUCUGGAGACACUAUCUCUUCUUUUGUUCCACACACGCUCUUCCGAAGUCAGCCCAAAGCCGGGUGGUCCUUCAUGCUGAGGAUUCCUGAGAAGAAGAACAUGAUGUCUUCCCGGCAGUGGGGACCCAUUUUCCUGAAGGUUCUGCCAGGAGGGGUCCUGCAGAUGUUUUAUGAGAAGGGGCUGGAGAAGCCAUUCAAGGAGUUCCAGCUCGAUCCACACUGUAGACUUUCUGAACCCAAACUCGAGAACUUCAGCAUGGCGGGAAAAAUCCACACCGUGAAGGUGGAACAUGUAUCCUACUCAGAGAAAAGGAAAUACCAUUCCAAGACGGAGGUGAUCCAUGAGCCGGACGUGGAGCAGAUGUUGAAGCUGGGGUCCACGGAGCACCGUGACUUCCUUGAGUUCUUGACUACGGUGGAGGAGGAGCUCAUAAAGCUGCCGGCUGUUGCAAAACCAAAGAAGAACUACGAGGAACAAGAAAUUUACCUAGACAUCGUGGACAACUUUUGGGGUAAAGUUACCAGAGAAGAUGGGAAGUUGGUGGAAAGUGCUGUGAUAACUCAGAUCUGUUGUCUCUGCUUUGUGAAUGGGACGGCUGAAUGUUUCUUAACCUUGAAUGACCUUGAGCUCCAGAAACGAGAUGAAUACUACUUUGGGAAAGAUUCAGGAAAAGGGGGAAUUGAUAUUCUUAACUACCAUUUCCACACGUGUGUGAAAGCUGAGGAAUUCGAACAAUCCAGAAUCAUUAAGUUCAUCCCUCUGGAUGCUUGCCGGUUUGAGCUGAUGCGUUUCAAAACCCAGUAUGGAGAGGAUGAGCUUCCCUUCUCAGUGAAGUCCAUAGUGGCUGUCCAGGGAGCGUGUGUGGAGCUUCAGGCCUUCGUCAACAUGACCCCAGCAGCUCAGAGGUCACCCCAUGCCAGUUCCUCGAGGUGCUGUGACAAUGUCAUGAUUCACUUCCCUGUCCCAGCCCAGUGGAUCAAGGCCCUCUGGACCAGGAACCUACAGAGGCAGAAGUCCCUGAAAGCCAAAAUGAACCGUCGGGCAUGUCUAGGGAGCUUACAGGAGCCAGAGUCUGAACCUGUCAUUCAGGUCACUGUGGGAUCGGCAAAAUAUGAGAGCGCCUACCGGGCUGUGGUGUGGAAGAUAGAUCGACUUCCCGACAAAAACUCAAGCCCCGAUCAGCCCCAUUGUCUGUCAUACAAGUUAGAGCUUGGAUCAGACCAGGAGGUCCCCUCGGACUGGUAUCCGUUCGCUACCGUGCAGUUUUCAGUGCCCGAAGCCUGCGCGUCUGGGACAGAGGUGAGGGCCCUGGGAGUGGAGAGCGACGUCCAGCCUCAGAAACAUGUGUGCCGGCGAGCUUGCUUCAACAUCCAGGUUGAAAUAGAAACGAAGUGGAUUCAAACAGAUGGAGAAGACCCAGAUAAAGCCAGUGGCUGCGUGACUCAGUAAAUGACGAGACUCCCCACGUGUCCCCCUGUGUCCCUCACCCCCGGUCAUCCUAUAGACAGGGCAGGAAGUUCUGCUGCUGUAUGGUGGGACUGAGUUCUGAGUGUGGAGAACUGUAAGCCCCAAAGCAGGCUGUCUGCAUGUUACUCUUCUGAUGUUUUCGCUCUGUGUCCACGGGCUGUGUCCAUGGCUCGUGGUAGUUCCAUCUUGUUGAAACCCAGAGGUUUGUUAUCUGAUGUGAGACCUGCUGGCUAGUUUGGCUGAAGAGUAUUUGGGUUUGACGACUCAGUGACUUUGUUUUGUAAUCUGGGUUGUGAUACCCCAUCUCGUCUUGCGUUCUGUGUGGAACAGUUUGAAGGGAUUAGAAGGAUUAGGAGAUGUGCCGUUGUUGGAGGAAGUGUGUCCCUGGGGGUAGGAUCUGGGGUUUCAAAAGCCCAAGCCAGGCACAGUCUACUCACUCUCUGCCUGCGGAUCAGGAUGAAGCUCUCGGCUAAUGCUCCAGCGCCACGAGUGCGUCAAGCUCCUGCCGUGCCCCUGCCGUGAUGUACUAACCCUCUGAAAAGGUGAGCAAGCCAGUGAGCAGCACUCCCCCCUGUUCUCUGCCAGCUCCUGCCUCCAGGUUCCUGCCCUGCUCAAGUUCCUGUCCUGACCUCCUUUGAUGGCGAACUGUGGUCUGGAAGUGUAAGCUGAAUAAACCCUUUCCUCCCAACCUUGUUUUUGUCACGGUGUUUCAUCACAGCAGCAGUAUCCCUCACUAGGUCAGUUAGCACAUGGACUACCAGGAAAGGUAACCAAAGAGAUGGAACCCCAAAUCUGCGAUGUCUCCUGUGCAGCCCUGAUGUGUGGUUAGGUGAAGAGAGGUGCUGAAGGCAUGCACUGAAGUGGAGAUUUGGAGGUGUCUGUGGUUUUGCAUGAUCUAAGUGUCCUCUGACGACACUGGGAAGUCAUCUUCAGCUGCAUUUGCUACCUGUCUUUCCCUUGUGUGGGAUCAUUUUCAAAAUGUCUUUGUAUGAAGAUUGUUUCUAUUGGUACAUAUUUUGGAAUGAGUUACUAAGAUACUGUGCCUUUUGGUGGGGGGAGGGGCAGGAUUUCUUUAAAAAUGAAACCAGGAUCAUUGAACAUAGAGAAAAAUAUUUAUGUAGAUUCAGGAUGGACAUGUGAAGUUGACGAAUACAGUUUGACAGAAGUAACAGUGCUUUGCAGAAGUGUUUCCUGUAGCCAGUGCACUCCACUCCCUCUGAGAAGGCUAAGCCAGCCUGAUGCUCUAAGCUGGUGUUGCCAUCCCUUGGUCUCACUGAGGUCUGCUUCAUUGAGAGUAUGUUCUUUAGAGGAUGUGCGGAGUGAAAGAUACUGUGUAAUUUUAGCUACGCUCCACGGUAGACAGCUCACCUCUUCAGAGCCAGAAGUGACUCGACAGUGUCUAGUAGGAUGCCAGCAGCACGCACACCAGUCAUUACCGUGGUGAAAUGCCAGCUGCACACGCACCAGUCAUUACCGUGGUGAGCCAGCGUCCUGCACUUUAUGAACUUGAGGUUUUGAGGAUUUUUCUUCUUGGUUUAUAAAACAAGUCCUCCAUGUCGUGUUAAUAUGCACUUGAUUCAUACUGAGCCUUAUCUGUGACUGGAAGCUGUCUUCCCCACUCUCGGUUUGUUUUGAGUCAAAAAGUUACACGCAGCUGUUUGAAAACACAUUUGCUUGUUGGCCUACAGAAUUUAUUUUCAUGCAUUUAUCUUGUGUUACAUUCAUUUUCGUCUAUUCAAAUAGAUUAAAACAAACAUUCACGAUGGUUUGUGUAAGAUUUUUAUUGCUCUUAUUAUUUUACUGUAAGGGCACAGAAAGCAAAAACCAAUGCUAAAAAUGGAUUCUAUUGCUCUAUUUUAACUUUGUUUGAUACAUCGCCCAUAAUAUUUGCUUGAGGGUCAUUUGCUUGACGAAUAGAACACAUAUGUGUGUGAGUGUGUGUUUUAUAAAAAUCCUACCAUCUUUCCUUAUCUUCUGGAGCAGACACACUUUCACUCAGGUCUGCUUGGAACAAAUACGGAGACCUUGAGAACCGAUGCCCGGAAAUCCCAGAGAAGCUAGCUGGGUUAGUUACCCCUUCUCUGCGGGGUUUUAUGGCCUCCUGUAGACAAGGAACUUGAGUGGAUGCAAAUGAACGUCAUGGAAGUUUUCUGAGAGCCCAGAGAGAGAAGGCGUGGCAUGCAGUAAUGCCACGUGCAGGUUGAGGAGACCAGAGACGGAUGAUGCGGUGAUUUGGAGCAGACAGACAGACAGACAGACAGACGGAGAGAAACGCUUUGGGGCGUAGCAGAGGAGGCUGCUGGCUGUGUCUGCUGUUGAUGGAGACUGGAAUAGCUCCCCGAAAGACCCAUUGACCCUAAACAGCCAGGAGAAGGAAAGGGGUUUGCACCUUCUCUCCUCAGUAACCUUCUCUUUCCUGAGUAGGGCUGGGAGGUUGAAAGGGAAGUAAAGGCCGAAACCACAGACAAAAUAGAGUUUAAACUAGUGCUACAGAUGAACUUAAUGCAUAUUCAUACUGUAAAAGAAAUCUAGCAAGGGUUCCAGGCGUUACUUCUCCUGCCUCAAAGGUUGGCUAGUAUGUGUGGGUCACAUUGCUAGGGGCCAUCUCAAGCUUCAGUACUGAGGUUGGACUGACAAGCCCAAAUUGACUUUCUGGAGCAAUGUUGAUAGCAUGAUCAGCAGGCUGCAGCUGCACAUGUGUUAAUUUGCACAUCUAUCAGGCCCUUAAAUAUUCCAUUACUUAGUGUUAGGCUAACGUUAGGGAGGAGACGCUUUCUAACACAGUUCUGACCUUGGAAACGGCAGGAGGUAAAAUGUGACUUCUAAGCCCCGCAUGAAAACGUACCAUGGCCUUAAGGUGGACAGUGUAAGAAGUAAAAGCCUCUUCCAGGAAGCAAGCCGUGAUCUUCAAAAGCCCCUGCUUUUAAAGGAGGCCAGGAGGGAAUUCAAGAAGAAACACCCCAUUUUAACACUUCAAUUUAGAUAACUUCUUUUCAUGUGCUCUUUACUUUGGAGUCUGUGGCCAACUUCAAGGACACCAGCAGUUGAUAGCUUGUCCUUCUGCCUUCACUGCUCUGGUCAGGUCAUCUUGUCAGCACGGGCUACAUUAACCUAUGCAGGUCUGAUGGUAAGGACACUUCCCGUUCCUGUGGGAAGCGUGAAAGUGUAUCAAUGACAAAGAUACUGAAGCCAGGCUCUCCAGCUUGCCCUAAGUCUGUAUACAGAGAACUGUAGUGCCUUUCAUUCAGGAGCUAUGUUUACGACUUAGCCUAUUUCUUACAAAUUUAGUUAGAUAGUUUUCCUCAACAAUGACCGUUGUUACAAUGUUUUACUCAAAAUAUGGCUUCCUGACCUGUUGUUACAAAUACAGAACAGACUGAACUUUGAUAAUCAUGUAACAAAGUAUAUUGUAGAUUAUGUAUUGAUUUUUAUAAAAUUAAAGAUGUAUUUCAAAUGGU